AUGGCUUCCGCCAAAGAUCUCGAUUCCGCUGCUAUUAGCGAUGGUGGCCUCCAAUCUGAACGAGGCUCCGACAAAGCCUCCCGUGCUUGUGUCGGGGAACGCUCUGUCCAGAAGUGGGUCGACGGCAUUGACGUCGCUGACGACCCAACCGAAGACGACAGUGACAACGAGGAUCUUCGUAUCUAUCGCAUCCUGCCAGCAGCGCAUAGAGAUCCAGACCGAGAACGUCGUUCAGCGGCUCCUUCUCCAGAAGCGCGAUACCCACCUUCUCCUCCACCAUCACCUCUCAACAACUAA